AUGCCGCUGUGCCUGAAGGCUGCUGCCGUCAGCAUGAGGGACUAUUGCCCCGCGGUGCCGCAGUACGGCCGCUACGGCCGGUGCACGCCGCGCUACGGCCGCUACACGCCCCGGCUCCGGGCCUCCCGCACCGUGCGCUUCCCCAACGACGUCGUCUUCCAGGACCACAUCAAGCAGGGGGACCUGGAGCAGGUGGGCAGGUUCAUACGAGCCAGGAAGGUGACACUGGACACCAUCUACCCGUCUGGCAUGGCAGCGCUGCACGAAGCCGUGCUGACGGGAAACCUGGACUGCGUCAAGCUCCUGGUGAAAUACGGCGCUGACAUCCACCAGCGGGACGAGAACGGCUGGACGCCCCUGCACAUGGCCUGCAGCGACGGCUACGCCGACAUCGCCAGGUACCUGCUGUCCCUUGGGGCCAGCCUGGAGGCCACCACGGACGACGGGGAGAAACCCUCGGACCUCAUCGACCCCGAGUACGAGGACCUGGUGCAGCUGCUGGGAGACGCCGCUCUGCGCUGAGCCGGGACCGGCAACACCGAGCGCCGCGGGCCGGCCCGGGGGCUGCGCCUGCCCGGGAACCGGGGCUGCGCCUGCCCGGGAACCGGGGCUGCGCCCGGGCUGGGCCCGGGCGGCCAACGGGCAGCAGCACCCGGUACUGCGAAUCGCGAACCACUUUGUACUUUUCCAAUAAAGCAUCUCGGUUACCACCUCCGGUACCAUCUCCGGUACCGCCUCCGGUACCAUGUGCGGUACCAUCUCCGGUACCGCCUCCGGUACCAUGUGCGGUACCAUCUCCGCUGCCAUCUCCGGUACCAUCUCCGGUACCAUGUCCAGCACCGCCUCCAGUGCCAU